AUGUUGACUCUCGAUGUUCUUCGCAGGCCCGUCAGCCAGACGUCCGCGGAGCUGGAGUACAUCGACAGGUACAGGCAGCUGGAGGCCCAGGAGCUCCACAUGCGCGGCGCGGACGUCCCCGGCAGCCGGCCAGGUCCAAGGCCAGCGCUGGCUAGAUUAAGCAAUGCCAUGUGCAUCCCAGAGACGACUUACAGAUACCCCGACCUGCCCAUAAACCGAUGUAAGGAAGAGGUCGUCUCUCUGAUCGAGAGUAACUCUGUCGUCAUUAUCCACGGCGCCACGGGCAGCGGCAAGAGCACGCAGCUGCCGCAGUACGUCCUGGACCACUGCGUCCAGCGCGGCGCCUGCUGCCACAUCGCCGUCACGCAGCCGCGCAAGAUCGGGGCCAGCAGCGUGGCCAGGUGGAUCAGCAGGGAGCGCGCCUGGGCCCUGGGGGGCCUGGUGGGCUACCAGGUAGGUCUGGAGAGAAUCGCCACGGAGGACACCCGGCUGGUUUACAUGACGACCGGCGUCCUGCUGCAGAAGGUCGUCCGCGCCAAGAGUCUGACGGAGUUCACGCACAUCUUCAUCGACGAGGUGCACGAGCGGACGGAGGAGAUGGACUUCCUGCUGCUGGUGGUCCGCAAACUUCUGAGGACAAACUCACGUUUCGUGAAGGUCAUCCUCAUGUCAGCCACCAUCAACUGCAAGGAGUUUGCAGACUACUUCGCCGUCCCCGUGCAGAACCAGCUGAGCCCCGCGCGCGUGUUCGAGGUGCCCGGGCAGCCCCACGCGAUCGAGGAGCACUACCUGGACGACCUGCAGCACCUGCCUCACGGCAAGCUUUCCCCGCACGUCCUGGAGGAGCCGGUGAUCACAAAGGACAUGUACGAAGUCGCCGUCUCCCUGAUCCAGACGUUCGAUGACAUGGACGUGAGAGAGAGUGGGAGCAAGACCGGGCCGGGGGCCCAGGUGGCCUGGGAGCGGAGCAGCGUGCUGGUGUUCCUGCCAGGUUUGAGUGAGAUAAACUACAUGCACGAACUCCUCACAAACGUGACUCAGAAAAGGCUGCAGGUCUACCCGCUGCACUCGAGCGUGAUUCUGGAGGAGCAGAGCAACGUGUUCCUGAGCCCCGUCCCCGGCUACAGGAAGAUCAUCUUGUCCACCAACAUCGCAGAGAGCUCUGUCACAGUCCCGGACGUCAAGUACGUUAUAGACUUUUGUUUGACUAGAACUCUGGUUUGCGAUGAAGACACCAACUACCAGAGUCUGCGCUUGAGCUGGGCGUCAAAAACCAGCUGCAACCAGAGGAAAGGCCGUGCCGGACGGGUGUCGAAAGGCUACUGUUACCGCCUGGUGCACAGGGACUUCUGGGACAGCGCCAUCCCCGACAACGUCGUUCCGGAGAUGCUGCGCUGCCCCCUGGGGAGCACGGUGCUGAAGGUGAAGCUGCUGGACAUGGGCGAGCCCAGGGCUCUGCUGGCCACAGCCCUCUCCCCGCCGCGCCUGGGCGACAUCGGGCGCACUGUGCUGCUGCUGAAGGAGGUCGGCGCACUGGCCGUCAGCGGGCAGGGAGAGGACGAGAACCCGCACGACGGCGAGCUGACCUUCCUGGGCCGAGUGCUGGCCCAGCUCCCCGUCAGCCAGCAGCUGGGCAAGCUCAUUGUGCUGGGCCACGUGUUCGGGUGUCUGGACGAGUGUCUCAUCAUAGCGGCAGCUCUGUCUCUGAAGAACUUCUUCACGAUGCCUUUCAGGCAGCACCUGGAUGGAUACAGGAACAAGGUGUUCUUCUCGGGCAACAGCAAGAGCGACUGCAUCGCCCUGGUCGAGGCCUUCAGGACCUGGCAGGCCUGCAGACAGCGCGGGGAGCUGCGGCGUCCGAAGGAUGAACUUGACUGGGGACGGUUAAAUUACAUUCAGAUCAAGAGGAUUAGAGAGGUGGCCGAGCUCUACGAGGAGCUGAAGAGUCGGGUCUCACAGUUCAACAUGAACGUCGGCUCCCAGCGGCCCGUCCUGGACCAGGAGUUCACGUACAAGCAGCGGUUCAUCCUGCAGGUUGUACUGGCAGGCGCUUUCUACCCCAACUACUUCACGUUUGGGCAGCCAGACGAGGAGAUGGCAGUGAGGGAGCUGGCCGGCAAGGACCCCAAGACGACCAUCGUGCUGAAGCGUGUCCCGCCCUACGGCUUCCUCUACCACAAGCAGCUGCAGUCCUUCUUCAGGCAGUGCGGCCAGGUCAAGUCCAUCGUGUUCGAGGGGGCGAAAGCCUUCGUGGAGUUUUCCCGGAACCCGACAGAGAGAUUCAAGACUCUUCCUGCCGUGCACCUGGCCAUCAAGAUGUCUCAGCUCAAAGUGCCGCUUGAACUGAGUGUGCACUCGGCAGAGGAGAUCGAAGGCAGGCUGCUCGGGGGGGCCGCCGCGAGGCUCCGGAGCACCAGAGUGAGUGUGGACUUCCAGAAGCAGACUGUGGACCCUGUCCAAGUGUCAUUCAACGCACUAGACAGGCCCCUGGUUUCAGACCUCCUGCUGACCGUCGACGUCACUGAGGUGGUUGAAGUGGGGCACUUCUGGGGGUACAGGAUGGACGAGAAGAACGCAGCGAUUCUGAAGAAGCUCAGUGCUGAGAUAAACCGCCUGAAGCUGAUGCCCUUGGCCGUCCACCCGCACCCAGACCUGGUCUGCCUGGCGCCCUUCACUGACGCUGACGAGCCGUGCUACUUCCGAGCACAGAUCCUCUACGUGUCUGGGGGCUCUGCCGAGGUGUUUUUUGUAGACUACGGGAACAAGUCCCACGUGGCCCUGGACCUUCUGAUGGAGAUCCCCUGCCACCUCCUGGGGCUCCCGUUCCAGGCGCUGGAGUUCAGAGUCUGCAGGCUGCGCCCCUCUGCCCAGUCGCUGGUGUGCGGGGAGCACUGGAGCAACCGGGCGGGCCGGCGCUUCGCCGCCCUGGUCCGCGGCCGCGUGCUGCUCGUCAAGGUCUUCUCCGUGGUGCACGGUGUCCUGCAUGUGGACGUCUACCUGUCCUCGGGGCCUCAGGACGUCACCAACGUCAGGGACGUGCUCAUCGCCGAGGGCCACGCCGAGCUGGCGGAGGAGUGCUACGAGUCCCGGCAAAGCCAUGAAGUGCUCACGAGCCUCUUUUCCAAAGCGGCAGGAAGCGUGACAGACGUGUGCACGCCGUCCCCGGGGACGGACGAGGAGAAGCACCUGAUCCGGGUCUUGCUGGACAGCUUCUCGUCCAAUAAGCUGGGGGCCCCGAGCCACAAGGUGGUGCUGCACGGACCUUUCAACCCCUACGAGCUGAAGUGCCACAGCCUGACCAGGGUCUCCAAGUUCAGACGUGUUUGGAUCGAGAAGGAGAGCAUCAACUCGGUGGCCAUCAGCGACACCCCGGAGGACCUCCACCAGAGGGUGCUGGUGGCCGCGUUCCUCUCUGUCAACGCAACUGGGUCCACCCUGCUGCUGAGAGAGACCUCCCUGCUGCCGCACAUCCCCGGGCUGCCGGCCCUGCUCAGCAUGCUGUUUGCCCCGGUGAUGGAGCUACGGGUCGAUCGUGCCGGGAAGUGCUACACAGGGGUCCUCUGCGGCCUGGGGUGGAACCCCGCCACCGGCGCCCCCGUCCUGCCGGAGCACGACAUGGAGCUCCCGUUCGACGUGCAGUUCAGCGUGGAGGACGUCGUGGAGAUCAACAUUCUCAGGGCCGCCAUCAACAAGCUUGUGUGCAGCGACCCCAACGGGUCCAGGUGCCUUGGGCCGGAGCGCGUGGCGCAGCUGCAGGACCGCGCCCGGCAGAAACUUCUGGGUUUGUUCUGUCGGUUGAAGCCGAGAGAGAGGAUCGUCCCCAGGUGGCACGAGAGGCCGUACGAGUGGGACCAGGUGGACCCGAAGCUGGUCAUGGAGCCCUCGGAGCCGGAGGGCGGCCGAGGGAAGAGCACCCCGCUGUACCAGCUGCACAGGCCGGUCCUCCUCAGCCCCUAGCGCUGCGCGGCCCUGCCUGCGGAGUUCGGCCUGUGCCCGGUCCCUGCCUGGCACUCCUGCAGCGCCCGGCGCUCUGGCAGGGGCUGGACAGAAGGCUUUCUUCUGUGGGAGGGGCUGGCAGGCCGAGUCUGUUCCAGGACAGAAGGUCCCUGUGUCAAGUGCCUGGGGGCCGCUCCAAACGACCUGAGCCGAGAGCCACACCUGCCGCGAGCUUGCCGGGGCGCCUGUGUGUGGCGCACUCUGUCAUAGCGACUUCGCUUACCACCCGCUUGCCACACGGGCGCAGCUUUGGCAGAACCACGUGGGCUUCUUCAGUUCUCUCGUGAGGGAAGGAGCCUGGUUUUGGUCAAACUAAGUUCAGUUUUGUACACUUUAGGUUUUUACUUGUUAAAAUUCUUAGUCCGCAAUUUGGAAACCAGAAAGGUUACCUGGCAACUGGGACACCUGUUGAGAUAAU